UCCAAUUGCCUUUACUUUCUCUUUAUUUAUGGCCAGUUCUCCUAUGCCUUGACGAAUAUGGACGUAGUUAACGGCUCUCUAGAGAUCUCGGCCUGGCACUCGGCGGCAUUCGACAAAGUGCUCAUUGGCCGGGUUUACAUUCCACUAAGGCAAUUACGACCCGGUUAUAAUCACACAGAGUGGUAUCUUCUCUCUUGA